AUGGCCUCGGCCAUGCCACUCGAUGACCACACCGCCGACACCUCGCCUCUCAAAGCCCGCCAAUUCCCAACCCCAUGCUUCACAAACACCCAGACGCGCAAGGAAGGGGACGGAAAACCGAAGCAAAAGUACCUCCAAAAACAACUCAGCGUCCCCAUAGCCUGCGACGGCAAGAACGCCUGCAGCGUGGGCGAGAGCCAGGUCAAGUCGUACAGCAUCGGGUGGAGCGCGUCGAUAUCGGACCCGCGCGGCUUCACGAGCGCGGGCUUCUCCGUGUCCGAGACGGUCGAGACGGGCAGCACGUGGACGUGCGAGGGCGAGGGCAGCGACACGGUCUGCGUGUGGUACGCGGUCGCGCACACCGAGUACGAGGUGCGCGACUGGGAGGCCUACACGUGCGGCAGCGUCAGCGACGGGUGGAAGGCCACCGGCGAGGCGUACCGCAUCACGGCGCCCAACUCGGACAACAGGGGCAGUCUCAAGAGGUGCGUGUUGAAGACGUGUCGGGACCAGGGGGACGAGUAUUGGAGUGAUGAUGUGUACGGCACGGUUCCGAGCAAGUGA